AUGUCUGGUGUUGCGGCGCGCUUCAAGGCCACUUCGGGCCGCGUGAGCCUAUUCAACCUCUCCCCUGGCCCUGGCUCCCAGUCAACACAAAAAAGGUUGGGUCGUGGUCGCAGUUCCGGUCUUGGUAAGACCUCUGGACGUGGUCACAAGGGUCAGAAGGCGCGUUCGGGUUACAGUCUGCCCAGACAGGGCUUCGAGGGUGGGCAGACGACCAUCUUGAAGCGUUUCCCUAAAGUUGGAUUCGUAAAUCAGAACGCGAGGACGUACGCACCUAUAAAUCUCGACCGCAUACAGCACUGGAUAGACCAGGGCCGAUUGACAUCGACUCCGGAGAAACCCAUUACGGCGCGGGAUUUGCUGCACAGUGGAUGCGUACACAACGUGCAUGAUGGAGUAAAGCUGCUGGGCAACGGUGCGGAGUUUUUGAAGGCUCCCAUUCACAUUGUUCCUUCUCGUGCAUCAAAAAGUGCCAUUGAAGCUGUCGAGAAGCUUGGUGGCUCUGUCUUCUGCAAGUACUAUAAUGAUCUUGCCAUGCGCGACCACCUGAAAGGGCGCACGGACCGGCUAGAAGCCGCGCCUACUCGCAAAACUGACAUCGUAUGGUACACCGAGUGGGAGAACAGAGGAUACUUGUCCCCGGAGGCAUUGGCGAGGAUGCCCAAACCAUUGGUACAUGGGCGAUGGAAGGCGUUGUCAGAGGAGCUCCUGAAGUACAAGGAGCAACCGAUGGAGCUUCUCAAGAAGUAG